UAUUAUCACAGGGAAAGAUAGCGGUGUACCGAGAGCACGCGGACACUUUGGGACAUAGCUGCGGCUAUUGGUCAGGACUUCCUUACCGGCUUUAGCGCGACAAGUCGCGCGCAGGAUACGCACAACCUGUGAAAGAAUUUACUGAGCCUUUGCUGCGGAUAUUCAACUCUUUGGAUUUAGCUAAGAGUUUUCUUACUGUUUGGGUUUUACUUUACAUGCCAAAGCUGGGGGAACAGACAAAGAGACAACAAACUCUUCCGCGAAGCUUCAAAGUUUUCGCUACAAUAAUAGGUUAUCGGAUGGACCAGCAUCCCAGCGCCCGGAGCUGCACCAGUCGCGGGGCUUCGUCCUGCGAGGCCGUCCCGGCCGAACCCUCCAUGAAUCUGUACAUCCACUCCACCACCGGCACACGCUUCGAACUCUCGUUGCCCCUUGAGGAGACCGUGGAGGGACUGAAAAGGAGGCUGUCUCAAAGACUCAAAGUACCAAAAGAGAGGCUCGCUCUGCUACACAAAGAAACGCGACUAAGUUCAGGCAAACUCCAGGAUCUAGGCAUCUCUGAUGGGAGCAAGUUGACUCUUGUACCAACAGUUGAAGCAGGAUUAAUGUCUCAAGCAUCAAGACCAGAACAGUCAGUAAUGCAAGCCUUGGAGAGUCUAACAGAAACUCAGGUCAGUGACUUCCUGUCUGGCCGCUCCCCCCUCACCUUGGCGCUGCGUGUAGGUGAUCACAUGAUGUUCGUCCAGCUCCAGUUGGCGGCGCAGCAGUCCGGAGGCCCCCAGCUUCAGCACAGGCAUCUCAUCACCCGGGGCAACACGGAGGCUGGCAUGGCACAGCCCACAGGGCAGCCCUGCGUUCCCCAUGCUCACCCGCACUCCCACCACCACCCACAACAUUCACACAAUCACCCCAGCCCCCACUUGUCCCAGCCUCACCCCAUCCCUUCCUCCCCCUCUUCCCCAGGCUCCCCCUCUUUCCCUCUGCCCUCCACGCACCAUCAGCCGCUCCCUCCCUUGUACAACCAGUCGCCCUCUUCCACCCUCUGUAGCCCCCCUACACCUCCACCCCACUCCCCUCGCCCUUCUCACAUCCCCGGGGGUCUUUUCCGCUCCCCAGCCCAUCACCAUCACCACCACCACCAUCACCAUCACCACCACCACUACCACCAGCCCUCCACGGGCCAACCCAGCCACGACAUUGGCCAGGUCAGCCCUGUAGCCCCGGUCCUCUGUCCUGAGGCUAACUGCAGUACCAACAGCCCCAACAGUGGCACCAAUUCCUCGACACGCUCCCGUAAACCUGGUGCCAUCAUUGAGAGCUUUGUCAACCACGCUCCCGGAGUCUUCUCAGGGACAUUUUCAGGCACUUUGCACCCUAACUGCCAGGACAGCAAUGGUCGUCCACGACGGGAUAUUGGUACCAUCCUGCAGAUCCUCAAUGACCUCCUGAGCGCCACACGCCACUACCAGGGCAUGCCCCCCUCCCUCACCCAGCUCCGCUACCAAACCCAGUGUGGCUCACCCACCUCCCCAUCCCCCUCUCCACCUCCUUCGCCCCCAGUUGCUGGCACGACAGGCCUCUCUGCCAAAGCUACCUCUGUGCCUGCUGGCAGUCCUAACAGCCCUCCUCCGACUCUUCAUCCACUGGUGCAGUGCCAGAGCCAGAUCCGCAUGUGCAGACCCCCUGGCGACCGUGUGCGUCAGACCGAGAACCGUGCAACUCGCUGUAAGGUGGAACGACUGCAGCUGUUGAUGCAGCAGAAGCGUCUGCGCAGGAAGGCCAGACGGGACCAACGCGCUCCAUAUCAGUGGCUGCCCAACCGCAAGGCAGGGCGCAGCAACAGCAACAGCAGCAUGUCCAGCGAGGGCUCCCUGGAUCUGGACUUUGACGACUCGGUGUGGAAGCCCGACGUAAAGGCUGACUUAAAGUCAGAGUUCGUCAUGGCCUAAAACCUUAAUCAAGAUCCAGAGAUGUGCAAAUCAUCACUUGGGAUUUACUUACAGAUAUGUUUGGAUGGAGUGGAUUGGCAGGAGGGGAGACAUAACCCCAAGAGGAAAUCAAAGUUGUCCUUGUGACUGUUAUCUGUCACAUGAAAGAAAAAAAGGCGGCUCCCUGCAGACUUUAAUCCCAUUCUGUCCUUCACAGUUGACAUUGUGAAAAGCAGCAACAAUAGCAACAGAACUUUGGUGAAAUGCUUGGAUUUGAACAGGCAGCAACUGAACUUUAACGUGUACAAGACUUUUUUUUUGAGCGGUAUGAUAACCGAGAUCAUACCUGUACUAGCAAAAUUUAGUGGGUGGUGAUGGUAUUUUCACUUUUAAUUUUCAAUAUGUUUUUCAAGUGUACUCUGGGCAGAAAUGAAGAGAUCCACACUGGACUUACUAAAUGAGGAAAUAUGCGGAAUAUUCCAACGGGCAUUCUUACUGAUCUCAAAACUCAACAACCAGAGUCCAGUUUUUUCCUGUUACGGGGUGGUUAAACCUUUUUCUUUUUUCACUUUUAAGCAUAUUAUAUUUUAUAAACAAACAAACAAAAAAAUGUAGCAUUGUUCACAAAGCAUUCAGGUUUUCAUAUUAAAAAAAAUUCAAAGUAGUUUAUUUGCACAUUUUCUUGUUUUAUAACAGCUGGUCAAAAUGUGCAAGAAGGAGAAGGUGGGGCCUGAAAUGAGAUGAAAAAAAAAAGAAUAUGGAAGUAUUGAUAUCAACCUCAGUGACGUAGGGUAUUGAUAGGAAUGAUUAAUAAAUAAACAAAAUGAAUUAAUAUUAACAGAAAGUGCUUUAGAGGAUUUUAAAAUGUUUAAAAUAUAUAUGGAAAAAAAAAAAUCUAUUUUUGUUUCUCUUCCUAUCUGCUGUUUUCUAAAAACAGCAGCCCUCUGUGGCUUUAGUCAAGUUGUUGACUACCAAUGAACAUGUGCAUCCAUUCAAUCAUCCGUUAGCUUAUUUGUGAAUUAUUUCAUCUAGCCACAAGAAACGAUACAGAAAGGUGAUUGUCAUCCUGCACCCCCUGAUGUCUUUCAGACCUGAGUGAACAUUUUUGAGGGAUUUGGAGUUCGUGUACAUAAAUGUGUGAACGUUUAUGAGGGUGUGUUUGUUUGACUUCACUGUAAAAUUGAUUUAGAAUAUCCUGUGUUUUAUGUCCAGGUGUCUUCUCCCAAAUAACUCCAUAGUUUUCCGAAAUCUCAACUGCAGUGAAGGCAUGAGUCAUUACUUAAUAUCAUAACAGGUUAAGACAGCAACUUUUAAAGUCCCAGAUUAAGGCCCUUUUAAUGUGUAACUCCUGAUGAUGAUUAAUUUGUUUUUAAUGGCAAAGAGUAAGGAGCAGUGCGAUCUUUUUCCAGCAUUAUAUAGUGCCUCCACCAGUACAUCCAUUGACAUAUCAGGUUAGGCCUUUCACAGUUUUGCUGCUACAUAUGGGAGCUAAAAAUGAAAAAAAGAGAAAGCAGGGAGGGAAAACAUGACUUUUCUUUGCAUGCAGAGGUUUGAAAUUACACUGAUCUGUUUUUUUCUAUCGAUGGAAGAAAAAAAAAAGAAACUGGUGCUUUGAGAAUGAAGGUUAACAACGUGCAUGAAUUUGUGAAGAAAAUAAACAAUGCUGCUUUUGUUGGUGAGGUUUUUGUAUCUUUUACUUUUCAAUGUUAAGACAACAGUGUCCUGCUAAAGUAUUACCACUCAAAACCAAAACGGAUGAAGUUUAAGUGUGGACUUGCUUUGUUGCUCAGCACUGAACAUUCCUGUUGUGUGACAAUGAAGAUGUUGAGGAUGACGAUGAGCUAAGAGCAAAAAUGACUCUCUUUCUCUCGCUCAACUCCCUAAACGCUGGUUUUACCCUCCAGUGGCUCACAAGGACCCAGACAGCCGACUAACUGUUUAGCUAACCCUCCUCCUCCCAGCCUGAACGGCGACAGAGGCUCACACCUCGGAUCCAACAGACCAGUGGGUUUCCAGAACUGUCCAGCUAACCUACCUGAGAGAAGCAUCUGGUCUCUUUAUCUGUCUGUCUGACUGACCACCCUACCAUGAUUGCACUCCCAGAGAUUGCAGUGAGAGAUUACCUUUUUGGUGAACCUCAUCUUUUUUUUAAGUGGCCUUACCUUUCACAAAAAAAAAAAAAAAAAAAAAAAAAAAAGACACUUGGGGACAACGGGGGCGGGAUUUCUUUUUUUUUUUUUUUUCUUUGUUUUUUUCUUUUUCAUUUCUGUUUUAAAAUUUUCUGUGCGUAUCGAUGUCGGACUUGUCAUCAAGGCGCCACUUUUGUCACUGAGGACAAUGGGCAUCUGUCGUUUAGUGCUUUUAGCUGGUGGAGUCUCUAUUAUGUCAAGGCUUCUGUGCCUUAAAAAUGUUGCCCUUGCAGUGUCAGUGUCAGACUUGAGCUUGUUUCUGUUGGUUGAUACACACGACUGUAGUAUUCACAUCCAUGAGAGUCGUAGAUUUUAGGGGUUAAAGCUUGUUUGAGUGAAUCAAAUGCUAAUCUAAAAGUCAGUGUUGUUCCUCAAAUGAUGCCUUUGUCCCAUUUCUUCAUUGUGUUGCCAUGCUUGUUGGUCUGUUAUUUGAACCUCACGUCCCUCUUGACUCAGUCUCCCCACCAACAAGCUGCAAAAAGUUACAAAAACUUGUAACUGAGGAAGUUUACACCACAGUACUUGGAAAGAAACAGUUUCUGUAACAAAUAAGAAAGGUCCUCUGAGGACUUCAGACUACAAGCACUUCCUGUUUCCUUGGAUACAACAUUAUUCAUGGACUGAAUUGAACCCUCUGCCCCUCCAAUAUUUUAUUUAAUUUUUUUUCUUUGUAUAUGUAAGAACUAUACUCUGUGUGUGCCUCACUUCUGUGUGAAACUCAAAAAGAAGUAACAAAACAAAAGAGCAUUACAGAGGGGAUAAAAAAAAAAGUAUGUUGGUGGAAUUCUGAUCACUUCAUUUAAGUUGCCUGUUCUUUCUUGUAGCCAACUAUUGAAAAUAACAGGAUUCAAGAAUACAAUUUACAAUGUUCUAGCUCUAGACCGGUGUAGCACAUGUGUGACUGUAUUAAUUUAUGAAACCAAAAUGGUAACUGUGAAUUAUGUAUUUCUUUGUGCAUUUUUUUUUUAAAAAAGAGAAAAAAAUAAGGCAGGGGGAGAAGGUUGUCGGGACGCGGCAGCAGCUGCUGCUCGUGUCUGAAAACAAGCUUUUUUUUCUUUUUGUUUUUGGUGGAGUAUAAUAGAAACCAAAACGAGUUUCUGAAAAAUUUAAAAAAAAAAAAAAAAAAAAAAAACCCAAAACAAAUAAACAAAACAAAACAAAACAAAAACAAAGGAAAAAGGAAGAAAAAAAACUGAAAAAAAUAUAUGAAUAUAUUUUUUUUCUUAAGCAAUACAUUUCAGUGUGACUUGUGAUAGAACAUUUUCUUUUUUUAGGUAAUAAAUGAAUAAAAAAAAUCUGAAAUGAGUA